AUGAUAGUCCUUCUGGCUAACGCUGCUUUACAAGGUUAUGAUCCCUCAGACUAUGAGCAAAAAUAUUCCGAAGACGCCAAAGGAGAAGAGAUGGGACUUUUUGCGAGGAUAUGGAGAACUUAUUUGGACGAAUGCGCGAUCUUUGAUGCGGAGAUGGUAGAAGACUGGAGGGACGGAUUGGACGUACUUCUCAUUUUUGCUGGGCUCUUCUCAGCUGUCGUCUCAACAUUUGUGGUUCAAACGUCUCAAAAUCUCCAGAUUGAUUAUGGUGAAGUUUCGGCAGCUCUUCUAUUCGAGAUUGUCAGUGUUCAACGCGCCAUGGCCAGUGGAGCAUCUGUCGAUCUUGUUCCUCGCUCUAACCUCACACCCUACACACCCUUCCAUCCCAAGACACUCGAUUCGUGGGUCAACGGGCUGUGGUUCGCGAGUUUAUCACUCAGCCUUUCUACAGCUUUAGUCGCCGCCCUGGCAAAGCAGUGGAUUCACCAAUACGUAUCAGUGCCAUCGGGAACGCCUCGUGACAGGGUGCGUGUUCGCCACGUUCGCUACAUGAACCUCGAAGUCUGGUACAUACCCAUGAUCAUUGGCUUGCUCCCUGUGCUUAUGCAUAUCGCCUUGGGUCUCUUCCUCCUCGGCUUGGUUAUUUUCCUCAUCCCU